GAUAGCUUUGCCUGGGUGAGGCCCUGAAGUCACAGCUGCAUCACAAUGUCUGAAUGUCCCAGCAGCAGGGAAAGGCCCACAGUACCCAGAUGAGACCACAACACCUUGCAAAGGGGGAGGGGGAGGAGGAGCACUGUGGCCUCCCUCAGAGACACCAGAAAGGGACAUGUUCAAGCAAGAUCUACUGAUCCUGAAUAAACACACUUGGGACCUGCCACAGAUGCCUAGACUGUCACCAGAGAGCACGCAAACCUUGAGGAAAGACCAGAGCUGCCUGCCCUGCUGUUUCCAGAGCCCUGAGCCAGGUGUGUCCAGGUCACCACAGCACAAUGGACAACACCCCCAUCAUCUGUGACUAUGGCUCUGGCUUCAGUAAGGUGGGCUUUGCAGGAACUCGAGUCCCUCUGGCUGUCUUCCCCACCAUCCUUGGGAAAAUGAAAAAUGCCACCCUGCUAGAGAGGUUGGAAGAAGAAGACUGGUUUAUUGGAGCUGAGGUCCAGAAUAAUCGACCAAAGCUGAACAUACACUACCCCAUCUUCCGGGGAGCUAUCACCAAUUGGGACAAUGUACAGAAGGUUUGGCAUUACUCCUUCUACCACUACCUUCGCAUUGCCCCUGAGCAGCACCCUAUCUUGGUAACAGAUCCACCAUUAACCACCAAGGAAGCUAGAUCCAAAAUGACUCAGAUCCUAUUUGAAACCUUCAACUUCCCCGCCCUGUACCUGGCUAAUCAAGGAGUCCUCUCCCUUUACGCUUCUGGCAGAACCUCUGGAACAACUAUUGAAUCUGGAGACGGGAUGACCUACUUUGUGCCCAUCGCUAACGGCUAUCCUUUGCACCUGUCAACCACCAAGGUGGACACAGCUGGCCAAGACCUGACUGUGUAUCUCAUGAAACUGCUGUCAGACAAUGGGAAUAUGUUAGAAACCACAGCUGACCUUGAGCAUGUCCGAGACCUGAAAGAAAAAUGCUGCUAUGUGGCGCUAGACUACGACAUGGAGAUGUCAAAAACUUCAGAAUCCUCCUUCCUGAAGAAAUUCACAUUACCAGAUGGCAAGGAAAUCAGUCUAGGGCAGGAGACUUUCAUGUGCCCAGAGGUGCUCUUCAACCCCAGCCUCGUGGGGAAAAACUACCCAGGGAUCGACAUGCAAGCCCAGCAGAGCAUCACGUCCUGCGAUAAAUCCCACUGGAGGAAUCUUUUCGGUUAUAUCAUACUGUCUGGUGGUACCGGUACCUGUUCAGGCCUACGAUUCCGGCUGCAGAGAGAGAUAGCAAAGCUAGUCUCUCCAGAGCUUUCUGUGAAGGUAGUUACCUCUCCGUAUGCCAAGUAUGGUGCCUGGGUAGGCGCCUCCAUCUUGUGUUCCCUCCCUAUGUUCAAGGACAUGUGGAUCACAAAUCAUGAGUAUUUGGAAAUUGGCCCUUCUGUCAUAUGUAGAAGAACCUUCUAAGUGGUGGCUUUCAGGUUCCAUCGCCUGGCCCAACAUCACCAUGCCCAGGCUGAGCCUCAGCCAUACUGACCAGGGCAUAAUCAAGAAAAGCUCAUAGCAAGGCCCCCUUUCUCCCGAAGGACAGUAAAAGUGUGUGACAAGGGC